UUUGAAUUGAAUAAUUUCGAAAGCGUUUGAUUUUUGUCGCAGAACUAUAAAAAAAAUAAGUACUUUGAGGUGUUAAAUAGCCAGUUAAUAUAAAAUACACGUACUUAAAAUUAAAAUGAAUAAAAUCAUAACGGAAACUUAUCCAGAACUACUUAAAGUUCCUACUUUUUGUAAAGGCUUCUUAGAAAAUAUGGCAGAAAAAAUGGUUACACAUGAAUCAUUUGGAAAACCGUAUUCAUGGUCAACUGAUGAUUUUGAAUUGGGCGGACCAUUAGGCCGUGGAAAGUUUGGGAGAGUUUAUUUAGCCCGCGAAAAGAAAACACAAUUCAUGGUGGCAAUGAAAGUUAUGUUUAAAUCAGAGCUUCAAGCAGGAGGAGUACAAAGAAACGUCUUAAGAGAAAUAGAGAUACAAUCACGCUUAAAACAUCCACAUAUAUUACGAUUAUUCACCUGGUUCCAUGAUGAGAGGAAAAUUUAUCUUGCGUUGGAAAUAGCUUCAAAAGGCGAAUUAUAUCACCAUUUAAAAAAUUCACCCAAUGGACGUUUUGAAGACUCUCGUGCAGCAAAAUUCACUUAUCAAGUAGCAAGUGCUCUACAUUAUUGCCAUUUAAACAACGUAAUUCAUCGAGACUUAAAGCCUGAAAAUAUUUUGCUUACUGCAGAUGAUAAUUGUAAAUUGGCAGAUUUUGGUUGGUCUGCUCACACCCCAUCCAAUAAGAGAAAGACUAUGUGUGGAACAUUGGAUUAUUUACCGCCUGAAAUGGUUGAGCAUCAAGUUUAUGAUGAUUCCGUGGACCAAUGGUGCUUAGGAAUUUUGUGUUACGAGUUUUUAGUAGGCAAUCCUCCCUUCGAAUCAAAAGAUGCCGCAAUGACGUAUGAAAAGAUCAAAAGACUUGAUAUAGCUUACCCACGACAUUUGAGUACUGGAGCAAAAGAUUUAAUACAAAAGUUAUUAAGAAAAUCAAGUAAUACACGAAUGACUUUAGUUGAAGUGAUGCAACACCCCUGGAUUAAAAGAUUUUGCUAAAAAAAGAAAUCAAGAUUAACAGAUAAUUUUUUAAUAAUUUUAAAAAUAUUCUUAUAAAUGUAUUUUGAAAUUUCUAUUGUUCUAAAUAUAUAAAACUUUAGCUGAAAAAAUAUGUUGAUUUUAAAACUGUCUGCAGGUCAAA